AUGGCGCCGAUUCCCAACGCACAGCAGGCCUCACAACAGGCAGCAAGAGCUGCCGACCGUGCACAGGUCACCGCCAACAACACGGCGAACAAACUUUCAAAAUGGGUUGAAGAGAACCGCACACUGGUGAUCGCUCUCGCUACGGGUACCCUUGCCCUCGGAGGCUACUACUUCUAUUCUCGAUCGUCGUCCAAGGCGAAAGCAAAGGGUACUGUCACCGACAGCGACGACGAAGAAAAGGCUGGCUCAUCUAGUGGUGCCGCUGCCAGCGCUGCAGGAAAGAAGAAGAAGAAGAAGGGCACAAAGAAGAAGACGACUGGUGCGACACCCGGUACAGCUAGCGGGUCUUCGACCACCGACUCUUCGUCGCAACGUGCUGAUGGUCUGCCAACCGACCCAUCAGGUCCAUUGCUCGACGAGGCGACGGAUGAUCAGCUUGCCGAGCUUCCCGAAGCCGAAAUCCUCAAGUUGCCUCAGGCAAAGCGCGAGAGCUUGUCACAGCACCUCAAGACUCUUGGCAACAAGGCCUACUCGAACCGUCAAUUUGAAAAGGCCAUCGGCCACUACACCAAGGCUAUCGCUGCCCACCCCAUGGCCGUGUUCUACUCGAACCGCGCCGCCUGCUACGCCAACCUGAGCAAGCCACAGCAGGUGGUAGACGACUGCGACGAGGCGCUCAAGAUGGACCACGUCUACGUCAAGGCUCUCAACCGUCGUGCUGUCGCCAAGGAACAGCUCGGCAACCCCAAGGAGGGCGAGGAGGGGAUCGGCGAGCAGAAAGCAGAGCUGCUGUUCGACUCGUUGGCCGAUUUCACCGCCGUCGCCAUCCUCGGGCAAUUCAAGGACCAGACGGCCACCGAGAGCGUGGAGCGUGUACUGCGCAAGCUCGCUACAGGCAAGGCACAGGACAUCCUCAAGAGCCGCGAGCCAAAGCUCCCCUCGCCCACGUUUGUCACCGCCUACCUCGAAGCUUUCCGUGCCAAGCCCAAGCCCACUUUGCCCGAAAGCCCGAGUCAGGGCGACGAGACGCUGCUCAAGGCGUACGGUGCCUUGGAUGCCAAGAGCUACCCUCACGCAUUUACACUAUUCAACGAGGCCAUCGAGCAGGGACUCAGCAACCAAGAGCUCGAGGCCAACGCGUACAACAUGCGCGGCACCUUCAAGUUCGUCAUCGGCAACGCCAAGGAAGCGCUCGCCGACCUGGAACGCAGCACGUCGCUGCGACCCAACUACGUCCAGUCGUGGGUCAAGAAGGCGUCGGUGCACAUGGAGCUCUCGGACAAGGACGAAGCGUUCAAGGACUUCGACAAGGCCAUCGAAGCCGACGCCCAAGACCCCGACAUCUACUACCACCGCGGACAGGUCAACUUCAUCCUCGGCGAGUUCGACGCCGCCAUCAAGGACUACGAGAAGUCGACCUCGCUCGACGACACCUUCAUCUUCUCGCAGGUGCAGUACGCCGUUGCGCACUACAAGAACGGCAACAUCGGUCACUCGACCGCGGCGUUCCGCAAGCUGCUGCGAAACUUUGACACGUCGUCGGAAGCGUACAACUACUACGGCGAGCUGCUGCUGGAUCAGCAGAAGUUCGAGGAGGCGAUGGACAAGUUUGACAAGGCCAUCGAGAUCGAGUCCUCCAAGACUGGCUCGACCAACGUGCUGCCCAUGAUCAACAAGGCGUUGGCGCUGUUCCAGUGGAAGCAGGACAUCGGGGCGGCGGAAGAGCUCUGUCGCAAAGCGUUGGACAAGGAUGCCGACUGCGAUGUGGCGGUGGCGACGUUGGCGCAGUUGAGUCUGCAGCAGGGCAAGAUUCAGGAUGCCAUCGAGUACUUUGAGAGGUCCGCAAAGAUCGCCAGGACGGAGCCGGAGUUGAUCAACGCGCUGACCUACGAGAACGCAAGCAGGGCUCAGCUGAAGUUCAUCCAGGAGUAUCCAGAACAGGGCGCUGCGUUGGGUCAGAUGGCUGGUAUGAUGUAA